UGGGCACUCGCCUGUUCCCAAGAAAAAUGUUCAGGAGAUCCGCAGCGCCCAUACCCAAAACCCAUGAAAGAACCCCGGGACCGCGAGGUCAAGACACCAAGGGGAACAAUGAGCUCUUCCUCAAGGAGGUCUUUAAUACCACCAAUAAAUAUCGGGCAAUGCAUGGCUGUCCUGCCUUAACCAUCAAUGCGGAGCUGAAUAAAUUGGCUCAAGAAUGGGCUAAUCAUCUUCGGGAUCAGAACACAAUGGCACACCGACCCAAUCCCAAGUACGGCGAAAACAUUUUCCUAUCCGGUGGAAUGGAUGUGACCGGAGAUCUGCCAGUGGAAAUGUGGUAUCGGGAAAUCAAUAGCUACGACUUUCAAAAGGGUCAAUUCGUGCCCACUGCUGGUCAUUUUACGCAGCUCAUCUGGAAGUCCUCGAAGGAAAUGGGCUCGGGUGUGGCGCGCAAAGCGGACAGAACGUGGGUAGUUUGCAACUACAAUCCUCCCGGCAAUGUUGUGAAUUUGUUCAAAGAUAAUGUGCCUCCUAAAAACUAAUCUUUUGGCUUUACUUAUCGAAAUGUAAAGUAUAAUAAAAUUAAUU